GACGGAAUCAGAACCGCAGCUCUCUUCAAGCAGUUUCCUGUUAAGUUUCCCUGUUUGAGGGACAGGAACUCCCUGCCUUACUUCUCUCCCCCGCCCAUGAUAAUAACACCGUACGGCAGAAGAUUCCUGAGGCCGACGAAGGAGAACUAACCGUCGGACCGAAACACUCGGAACAUCCGGGGCAGAACUAGAAGUGGGAUUCGCGUUUCCGUCUACAUGUAGUCAGAUUUACGUCCGCGCAACUUUUCCCUGCUAACCAACAACUUCGGCAUGGCGUCCACAGUGACUCUAGAAGAUGCUCUAUCCAACGUGGACCUGCUGGAGGAGCUGCCACUCCCAGAUCAGCAGCCAUGCAUUGAGCCCCUCCCCUCCUCCGUCAUGUAUCAGCCCAACUUCAACACCAACUUUGAGGACCGGAAUGCGUUCGUCACCGGCAUCGCCCGAUACAUUGAGCAGGCCACCGUCCACUCCAGCAUGAAUGACAUGUUGGAGGAAGGACAAGAGUACGCCAUCAUGCUGUACACCUGGAGGAGCUGCUCACGUGCAAUACCGCAGGUGAAGUGUAAUGAGCAACCAAACAGAGUGGAGAUCUAUGAGAAGACUGUUGAGGUCCUCGAGCCAGAAGUCACCAAGCUGAUGAAUUUCAUGUAUUUCCAGCGUACAGCCAUAGAUCGUUUCUGUGGGGAGGUCCGGCGUUUGUGUCACGCUGAGCGGAGAAAAGACUUUGUCUCCGAGGCAUACCUGCUGACCCUCGGGAAGUUCAUCAACAUGUUCGCUGUGCUGGACGAGCUGAAGAACAUGAAGUGCAGCGUUAAGAACGACCACUCUGCGUACAAACGGGCUGCUCAGUUCCUCAGGAAGAUGUCUGAACCUUCCUCCAUCCAGGAGUCUCAGAACUUAUCCAUGUUUCUGGCAAACCACAACAAAAUCACUCAGUCAUUGCAGCAGCAGCUGGAAGUGAUAAACGGAUAUGACGAGCUGCUGGCAGACAUAGUCAACCUGUGUGUCGAUUACUACGAAAACAAGUUGUAUCUCACUCCCAGUGAGAAGCACAUGCUCCUGAAGGUUAUGGGCUUUGGCUUGUACCUGAUGGAUGGAAACAGCAGCAGCAUUUACAAACUAGAUGCCAAGAAGAGAAUCAACCUCACUAAGAUUGACAAGUUCUUCAAGCAACUCCAGGUGGUCCCGCUGUUUGGGGACAUGCAGAUCGAGUUGUCCCGCUACAUCAAGACCAGCGCUCACUUUGAAGAGAACAAAUCCAGGUGGACCUGCACAUCUAUAUCCAGCAGCCCCCAGUACAACAUCUGUGAGCAGAUGAUUCAGAUCAGGGAGGAUCACAUGCGCUUCAUCUCCGAGCUCGCUCGCUACAGUAACAGUGAGGUGGUGACUGGAUCAGGACGUCAGGAGUCCCAGAAGACGGACUCGGAGUACAGGAAGCUGUUUGACUUGGCCCUGCAGGGCAUGCAGCUGCUCUCCCAGUGGAGCGCUCAUGUCAUGGAAGUGUACUCAUGGAAACUGGUUCACCCGACAGACAAAUACUCCAACAAGCAGUGCCCUGACAACGCGGAGGAGUACGAGCGGGCCACUCGCUACAACUACACCAGUGAGGAGAAGUUUGCCCUUGUAGAGGUGAUCGCUAUGAUUAAGGGACUGCAGGUGCUGAUGGGACGCAUGGAGAGCGUGUUUAACCAUGCCAUUCGCCACACCAUCUACUCGGCUCUGCAGGACUUUGCCCAGGUGACGUUGCGUGAUCCGCUCAGGCAGGCAAUCAAGAAGAAGAAGAACGUCAUCCAGAGUGUGCUUCAGGCUAUCCGGAAGACCGUCUGUGACUGGGAAACUGGUCGGGAACCGCACAAUGACCCCGCCCUCCGUGGAGAGAAGGAUCCGAAGGGAGGCUUCGACAUUAAGGUUCCCCGUCGAGCCGUGGGACCCUCCAGCACUCAGCUUUACAUGGUGAGGACCAUGCUAGAGUCCCUCGUCGCAGACAAAAGCGGCUCAAAGAAGACUCUGCGCAGCAGCCUUGAGGGUCCCACCAUCCUGGACAUUGAGAAGUUUCACAAGGAGUCCUUCUUUUACACACACCUGCUGAAUUUUAGCGAAACCUUGCAGCAGUGCUGUGACCUCUCCCAGCUCUGGUUCAGGGAGUUCUUUCUGGAGCUUACUAUGGGUCGCAGGAUCCAGUUCCCCAUCGAGAUGUCCAUGCCAUGGAUCCUCACCGACCACAUCCUGGAGACCAAAGAGGCUUCCAUGAUGGAGUAUGUGUUGUAUCCCCUGGACUUAUACAAUGACAGCGCACACUACGCCCUUACCAAAUUCAAGAAACAGUUCCUGUAUGAUGAAAUAGAAGCAGAGGUCAACUUGUGCUUUGAUCAGUUCGUCUACAAGCUAGCAGAUCAGAUCUUCGCCCAUUACAAGAUACUAGCAGGAAGUCUUCUGCUUGACAAACGUUUGAGGACUGAGUGUAAGAACCAAGGAGCGAACAUUCCCUGGCCGGCGUCAAAUCGCUACGAGACGCUGCUGAAACAGCGCCACGUCCAGCUCCUGGGCCGCUCCAUUGAUCUAAACAGACUCAUCACUCAGAGAGUGUCAGCUGCUCUUCAUCGAUCUUUGGAGCUCGCAAUCAACCGGUUUGAGAGCGAGGACCUCACCUCCAUAAUGGAACUGGAAGGUCUUCUGGAGAUCAACCGCUUGACUCACAAGCUCCUCAGUAAGUUUGUGACUCUGGACAGCUUCGACGCCAUGUUCCGCGAGGCCAACCACAACGUGUCGGCUCCCUACGGGAGGAUAACGCUGCACGUAUUCUGGGAGCUCAACUACGACUUCCUGCCCAACUACUGCUACAACGGCUCUACCAACAGGUUUGUGCGGACCAUCCUGCCUUUCUCUCAGGAGUUUCAGAGGGACAGGCCUCCCAACGCUCAGCCUCACUAUCUGUAUGGGUCAAAGACGCUGAACCUGGCCUACAGCAGCACAUUCAGCUACUACAGGAACUUUGUGGGGCCCCCCCACAUUAAGGUCAUGUGCAGACUGUUGGGCUACCAGGGCAUUGCUGUGGUGAUGGAGGAGCUGCUUAAGGUUGUCAAAAGCCUGCUCCAGGGCACCAUACUGCAGUAUGUGAAGACUCUGAUGGAGGUGAUGCCUAAGAUCUGUAGACUUCCGCGUCACGAGUACGGCUCUCCUGGUAUCCUGGAGUUCUUCCAUCACCAGCUAAAGGACAUCGUUGAGUAUGCCGAGCUCAAGACCGUGUGUUUCCAGAACCUGAGGGAGGUGGGCAACGCCAUCCUGUUCUGUCUGCUGAGUGAGCAGAGUCUGUCGCAGGAGGAAGUGUGUGAUUUGCUGCAUGCUGCACCGUUCCAGAACAUUCUUCCCAGAGUCCAUGUAAAAGAGGGGGAACGUCUGGAUGCUAAGAUGAAGCGCUUAGAAGCCAAAUACACGGCUCUGCACAUGGUUCCUCUGAUAGAGCGCCUCGGAACCCCACAGCAAAUCGCCAUCGCCCGUGAGGGUGACCUACUGACGAAAGAGAGGCUGUGCUGCGGCCUGUCCAUGUUCGAAGUUAUCCUCACACGUGUGCGGGGCUUCCUGGACGACCCGAUCUGGCGCGGGCCGUUGCCCAGUAAUGGCGUGAUGCACGUGGACGAGUGUGUGGAGUUCCACCGUCUCUGGAGCGCCAUGCAGUUUGUGUACUGCAUUCCUGUGGGAGCGCAUGAGUUCACUGUGGAGCAGUGCUUUGGUGAUGGCCUCCACUGGGCCGGCUGCAUGAUCAUCGCUCUCCUAGGACAACAGAGACGCUUUGACAUCCUGGACUUCAGCUACCACCUCCUCAAAGUGCAGAAGCAUGACGGCAAAGAUGAGAUCAUCAAGAGUGUGCCUCUGAAGAAGAUGGUGGAACGAAUCCGCAAAUUCCAAGUCCUCAACGAUGAGAUCUUUGCCAUCUUGAACAAGUACAUGAAGUCUGGAGAUGGAGAGAACAUGCCGGUGGAACACGUCAGAUGCUUCCAGCCUCCGAUUCACCAGUCGCUCGCCAGCAGCUGAGGUGCUGCUCAGAGCUCUUUCAUGGACCAGAACGACACGCCAGCAUUACCAGACCAACUACAACUCCUCGUCGUGUGUGUUAGGCUGUUAGGAGUAACGGACCAUUAAUGCAGUGCGUUAGGACCUUUUUUGUAUUCACUUGUGCCUUAAGAGCAAAAAUAGAUACCGCCUCCAUUGAAGAGCUAUUCCUUUUCUACUUGCAGGUAGCUACAGAUGACAGAGGGAUGUUGGGUUCAUCAGACGAGUAUUUAAGGGUUUGCCGUGGUGAAAUAUUAAAGGGGAAUUUAUUUUAAGUAAUUUUGUACUUUUAAACAUGCAUGCUAAAACAUUUAAAGGAAAUGUAAUGAUGCACAAUGUUUUGUGAAGCAAUUAUUCACCGUGCCUUGUCUUUGUAAUGUUUUAAUCUUUUAAUUCAAUAAAUACGUAUCAAAUCUG